ACAGGUAGAUUAUUGAACAUGGCAGAGGCUAGUUAUGAUGAAUAUGAAGAAAACCAAAUGAAUUUACGAGCUGCACUGGCGUCGUUAGGCCCAUCACUAGGGGUAGGAUGCCCAUAUCUUCCUCCCAGGCACCUACUAGAUCCUGCAGAGGGGCCAAGCAGUGCACCUUCGGGUUGGAGCAAACCUAUGAUGACACCCAGCAGGCAGCCUGAUGAUCAACCACCAUUACCUACUGGGAAGCCACUGUCCAUCUCGUCAUCACCGGGGAACCUCAGUAUCGAUUUCGGCCCAACCAGCACCCCUGCCAGUCCUGAGAAUUCCGAGGAUCGACGACCACCGUCACCCCACCAAUAUAAUUAUCCGCCACCACCCAUUCCAGGCGUACUGGCUAUGUUCAUGGUCAUAGCAGAUGACAUAAAGCUUGAUCUUGCCGAAGCUCAUCAUGUUGCAAAGUUCUUGGCUCAUCCGCUGGAGUCCUAUGAUACCAACGCUGACCUUAAGCCUGAAAUCACCUCUAUGACCACAGCAGUUUAUGCCCAAUUCAUGAAGGGUCUGGCGCACCCCGAGCCACGUCGGUCCUUUGAACGGAUGCGCCGCACCAUGUACAAACGCAAAGUAAAGGCUGGGAAUCGGCAGCUGACCCGAGACAAUCUGGAACUGAGGCAGCAACUUCGAGAUGCACAGCAGACCAUUAUCGACCUACAAGAGCAGGUGAUGCAGCUGACCGCUGAUCUGCAGCAUAUGGCUCCCUAUACCCAGGGGGGCCCGAACGGAGGGCAGAAUUAUGGACAGAAUUAUGGAGGCUAUUAUUAUUAUUAAUAUAUCAACUUCAACGCCAUAACUGGAUAU